CGCCCAGGCCCAUCAACCACUCCCAGAUUCGCAAACCGUUAGAUUAUACCCAUCACUCACACCGUUAGCAGAAACAAAUCUCAGGAAAAGUGCCUCGGGUUCGUUGGCAUAGGCGUCGAACCGCAGAGAAAAUUCCGCGAAAUUUCUCAGAUUCUGCACUUUCUUCUUUGCUGAGGAUUUUCAACUUUCUGCUUUUCUAUCCGCUCGCGUUCCAUCGAAUCCGUGACAAUUACACCUCGUUAUCCUUUGUCUCUCUUUUUUUUAAAAGGAUUUGACGAGAGACGACGAAAUCCGACAGCAGUGAGAAUAAUGCAGACGAGGUACAUGGAGACAUCGAGCGGCGCUGCGAGAGGGAAACGCGGUUUAGAUUCAGGUUCCACCGAAGAAGAACAACCUGAAAAAAAGCGACCUGCUCUCGCUAGCGUUAUUGUUGAAGCCCUCAAGGUGGACAGUCUGCAGAAACUUUGUUCAUCGCUGGAGCCUAUUCUUCGUAGAGUUGUUAGCCAAGAAGUAGAGUGUGCUUUAGCAAAAUUAGUCCCUGCCAAGCUUAGCGGAAGGACUUCUCCCAAGAGCAUAGAAGGCCCUAAUGACAGCAGUCUACAGUUACAAUUCAGGAACAGGUUAUCCCUUCCCCUCUUUACUGGUGGGAAAGUGGACGGAGAGCAUGGCAGUGCCAUACACAUUGUUUUGAUUGAUACUAUAACAGGCCAUGUUGUUACAUCUGGUCCAGCUUCGUGUGUCAAACUAGAUGUUAUUGUACUUGAAGGAGAUUUCAAUAACGAGGAUGAUGAUAAUUGGAGUGAAGAAGAUUUUGAUAGUCAUGUAGUUAAAGAGCGGGAAGGAAAAAGACCUCUUCUGGCUGGUGAUCUGCAAGUGACACUGAAGGAGGGUCUAGGAACAUUGGGUGAUCUUACAUUUACAGACAACUCUAGUUGGAUAAGGAGUAGGAAGUUCAGGCUGGGACUCAAAGUUUCCUCAGAUUGUUAUGAGGGAAUGCGUAUUCGUGAAGCCAAAACAGAGGCUUUUACUGUUAAGGAUCAUCGUGGAGAAUUAUACAAGAAGCAUUACCCACCUGCCUUGAAUGAUGAGGUCUGGAGACUGGAGAAGAUUGGAAAGGAUGGUUCAUUUCACAAAAGGUUAAAUAAAGCAGGAGUAUAUACAGUUGAAGAUGUCGUACGACUUGUGGUCAGAGAUCCACAGAGACUGCGGAAUAUUCUCGGGAGUGGUAUGUCAAAUAAAAUGUGGGAUGUUCUUGUUGAGCAUGCAAAGACUUGUGUUCUCAGUGGAAAACUCUAUGUAUAUUAUCCCGAUGGUGCAAGGAAUGUUGGUGUUGUUUUCAAUAACAUCUAUGAGUUGAGUGGUCUAAUUACCAAUGAACAAUAUUACUCUGCUGAUUCUCUCUCCGACAGUCAAAAGGUUUAUGUGGACACACUGGUGAAGAAGGCAUAUGAGAAUUGGAUGCAUGUUAUUGAGUAUGAUGGCAAGUCUCUGCUAAAUGCCAAUCAGAAUAAGACUUUGGGCACCUCCCAACCUCUGGCUGCAGGGGGUUCUCAUGAUUAUUCAAUUUCAAACUCCCUUGAUCAGCAGACCUGCAUCCCAAGUCUACCAGUUCCUGUAACUACUGGGCAGCCUUCAAUGGAUCCAGCCAUAGCAGUCGGAGGUUAUCAUAAUGUCGCGACUACCAGAUCCUCAAUGCAACAACAGAAUGAUAAUCUUCAUUCUUCAAUUCAGUUUGAUAACACUGUACUCCCACUGCAAAACCAGUUACUGAAUGCUUCACACCAAUCUCAACUUCCUAGAAAUGAAACUGAGAUGACUCUUGGUUCACGACAACCAGCUACUCCUGGCUUUCAGAGUGUCGGCAUUUCAAAUCCUGGUUAUAGAGGAUUUGAGGACUACUUUCCAGAGGAGGAGAUUCGAACUAGAAGUCAUGAGAUGCUAGAAAAUGAAGAUAUGCAACAUUUGCUACGUAUAUUUAAUAUGGGAGGAGGGCAAUCUCAUGCUUCCUUCAAUACCCCAGAAGAUGCAUACCCUUACCCAUCAUCUACUUACAUGCCUGAGACCUCCAUGAGCUACCAGUUAGAUGAUGAACGAAACCGUUCCUCGGGAAAGGCUGUUGUGGGCUGGCUUAAGCUUAAGGCAGCUUUGAGAUGGGGCAUUUUUAUUCGGAAGAAGGCCGCUGAGAGACGAGCACAACUUGUUGAGUUGGAUGACCCAUAGAAUACGAACCACGACCAAUCUCACCUGUUGUGAUCUUGGGCCAUGACUUUUGUGUUAGAGCAUCAAAUACUACUUUUUGGUACUCAGAAUCAUAUUGAAGUUUUAUAGAGUUGAGUAAAUAUGAAAUUUGGAUUAAAUCAUUUGGUGCAGCCUUACCUUAAAGCUCCUAAUGUGCCUUUAUAAAACAGUAGUACAGCAACAUCUGCCUGUACAGGAAUACCACCCUGCAGCAACUCUUGCAUCCAUUUUAGUUGUGACGUUUUUUCCACUCUACAUUCUUGCCUGCAAGUUGUGAAGAAUUGACAGUUUACCACCAGGUUUAAACCCAAGUCUGCAGUGGCUUGAAAUUUCCAGGGUCGUUUCUUGGCAUUUAGCAGUAUGUACUGAAUUUUGUGUUGUAAGCUAGAUGGUUUUAUUUUCUCUGGUU